AUGGAUGCGAACACCCUGGCGGAAAUUAAGUCGACCCUGGGCGAAAGCCAGUGCAGAGCAAACAACUACGAGGCGGCGCUAAGGUCGUACUCGGAGGCCAUCGAUCUGUGGCCGGACUCGGCGGCCUAUUACAACAAUCGCGCAGGUUGCUACUAUGAGCUCCUUGACCCCAUCAGUGCCCUGGCGGAUGUCCGUCACGCCCUUCGCAUAGAUCCUGGCUUCGAUAAGGCCUACGUAAACGUGGCCAAGUGCUGUCGAGUACUGGGCGACCUGUUCGGCAUGGAGAGUGCCGUACAGAAGGUGUUUGAGGCGGAUCGUAACAGCACAGCGGUCAACGAAGAGCAGAUGGCUUUGCGAGAGAUCCGCCGAUUGGAGCCCUUUAUUAAGAGCACUUACGACCGAAUGUUCUUUGGUGCCACGAGGGUCUACCUGGAUUACGUUUUAAUGAUGGCCCCAGCAACAGUUCGGUAUCGUAUCCUGAAAGCCGAAUGUCUGGCUUAUCUGAAUCGGUGUCAUGAUGCCCUGGAGAUUGCCGCGGACGUGAUCAGGCAAUAUCCCACCUCAGCGGACGCAAUCUUUGUGCGCGGCCUGUGUCUCUUUUACACGGACAAUGUGGAGAAAUGCAUCCCGCACUUCGAGCACGCCUUGUUGCUGGAUCCCGAACACGAAAAAUCCAAGCAGAUGCGCAUCAAGGCCAAAAAAGUCAAGGCGAUGAGAGAGGAAGCCAAUAGGCUGUUCAAGAUGUACCGGUAUCGGGAGGCGUAUCUCGUCUUCACGGAUGCCCUUGCGAUAGAUGUCAACAACACGGUCAUCAACUCGAAGCUACAGUACAACCGGGCACUGGUGAAUACUCGGCUUGGUUUUCUUGUGCAUGCCGUGGAGGAUUGCAAUAAUGUGCUGUUGCUGAAUGGCCCGUGUCUGAAGGCUCUGGUGCUGCGCGGGCAGUGCCUCCUUAAACUAGGGAUAUUCGAGGAGGCAGUCGCCGACUUUGAGGUGGCCCUGACGCUGGAGAGCAGCGAAGAAAUUAAAAAGUUAUGGCGUGACGCCAAGCAGGGCCUGCAGCGACUGGGCUGCUACGGGAUCCUGGGUGUUGGAAGCAAUGCAUCCGACGAUGACAUACGGAGGGCAUUCUACCAGAAGGCAAGGCUCCAUCAUCCAGACAAGCAUGCGAGUGACAGUAACGAGAAGCAGGAGGAGGAGAGGCAUAAGUUCUUGGAGGUAGUCGGGGCAUAUGAGAUGCUAUCCAAUAGGAGAAAGUGCUCACGAGACGAGAUCGGCCAGGAGAUGAAAGCCAGUCCUGACGUAGAGGAAAUGUUUCGCUCUUUUUUUUGGAACGAAAGUAUUCCUCUAAACUCGGGUCGCUAA